GGAUAACCGGAAGUAACUUCAAUGUCUUUUCAUUCAUCAUUUCGAAACCACUCACGGUUAGGUUAAAGGAUGACUACUCCAGAAGUAAGGCCUAAUCACACGAUAUACAUCAACAACUUGAAUGAGAAAAUCAAGAAAGAUGAGCUGAAAAAGUCACUUUACGCCAUCUUCUCUCAGUUUGGACAAAUUUUGGACAUCUUGGUGGCACGAAACUUAAAGAUGAGAGGUCAAGCUUUUGUUAUUUUCAAAGAGAUCAACAGUGCCUCCAAUGCGUUAAGAUCGAUGCAGGGCUUUCCUUUUUAUGAUAAACCCAUGCGAAUCCAGUACGCUAAAAUUGACUCAGACAUUAUUGCAAAGAUGAAGGGGACCUAUGUGGAGCGUGACCGUAAAAAGGAGAAGAAGAAGCCCAAACCCGAAUCAACUGGAACUAAGAAAGGUGCAGGCAUGGUUGCUGGGGUUCCUGCUUCUAUGGCAGGGAUGCCUCCCAUGAGCCAGGCUCCUCGCAUGAUGCAUAUUCCUGGACAGCCACCUUACAUGCCCCCUCCAGGUAUGAUGCCACCUCCUGGAAUGGCUCCUGGCCAGAUGCCCCCAGGUGGCCUUCCUGGACAGAUGAUGCCAGGACAAAUGCCUCAGCAGGUUUCAGAAAAUCCUCCCAAUCACAUCCUCUUCCUCACCAACCUGCCAGAGGAAACGAACGAACUCAUGCUGUCCAUGCUCUUCAACCAGUUCCCUGGAUUCAAAGAGGUGCGUCUGGUCCCUGGUCGUCACGACAUCGCCUUUGUGGAGUUUGAAAAUGAGGUGCAGGCUGGAGCUGCACGAGAAGCUCUGCAAGGCUUCAAGAUCACGCAGUCAAAUGCCAUGAAGAUCUCUUUUGCCAAAAAAUAACCCAUUUUCACACAGGUCUUGUUUUGUGUUCGUACAGAUCUUUCUCUUUUUUUAAUUUUUAUAUUGACAAAGCAAAUCAUUUUUAGAAAUGUUCUUGUCUGACUGUGAAUAUUUCCCGCACAAGGACAACAUGUAAGUAUGCAUUUCUGGUUUUGUCUAGUUGCUGUUUAAUGUCCUCAAAGCAAAACACUUUGUGGACUGUAACUGAGAAAUUUGAAGUUCUGGAUCUUACUGGUAAAAGUUUCAGACAAAUCUUUUUAUUUUAUUUUUUAUUUCAUUAUUUAGAACAAAUUGUCAUAAAGCAUUGCA